CCCUUUUUGAUUCACAAACUAUUAUUAAAGAUCCAAAACAAAAUUUAAAAGCUUAAAGCUUUCUCCAAGAACAAGAAAGGUUAUUAUAGCUUAAACCCACCAAGCUUCAAGACAAGCACAACAACAAAAAAAUGGCUUUUCUGAGAAGUUUAUUGGGGGAUAAGCAAAUAAUGCGAAGGUCAUCAUCAUCGCCGUCGACACCAAGAGGAUUCAUGGCGGUUUAUGUUGGGGAGAACGAUCAAAAGAGGAAGAGAUAUGUGGUGCCUGUAUCAUACUUAAACCAGCCUUUGUUUCAAGAACUGUUGAGUAAAUCAGAGGAGGAGUUUGGUUUUGAUCAUCCUAUGGGGGGCUUAACCAUACCAUGCCAUGAAUCUUUGUUCUUCACAGUCACAUCUCAGAUUGGAUGAAUUACACAAAGAGCAUUCCUUGGUCUUAGACAAAGUUACAUUAAUUAUGUAGAGAUAUUUUAGAUGAUCAGUUCCCCUGGAAAUAUAUUGUACAACUGUUUCCGUGAGAGGAAUAUACAUACAUAGAGCGUGCUUAU